UGCACAAUUUUGAAUCUUCGUUGUUCGCUUUCGGUUGCUAUCCGAGGUUUGGGCCCAAAGCAAAUGUACUGACCAUAAUCUUCAAAGAGAGAAAGGGACCAUGGAUGACGAUAAUCACAGAUUAUUUCAAAGAGUUGCAGAGAAACUGGGCUGGUCAGAGAAGGGAGGAUUGGAAACCGCAGAGAAACAGCUGAUUAAGAGCAUCAGUAAGUCUCGGCGUCUGGCCACAGGCUGUCAUGGCUCCAGGGGUGCUCAAAACCUUCCUCCCCCAGUCCAGCUACACCUGCUAGACAGUGAGGAAGAGGAUGACAGAGGCUCAGGGAAAGAGAACCAGGUCUCCAAGGGCAACAGUUACAGGACCAAGGUGUUCAUGGAGUCCAGUGACGAUGAUUUCGACCAGUUUCUUGUGGAGCAGGCUACACCCAAAACGGCUUCUCGGAAACAUUGCAGUGCUGCUAAGAAAGUCAGUGAACCAGUCCUUGUAUUAAGCUCAGACAGUGAUGACCACUUUGAAAACUUCCUGAGCCGUGUGAAAACUCCCAAGCCUAAGCCCAAGGAAGCGGAACGUGGCAGUGUAGACAGCAUCAGAAACUUCAUUGUCGACAGCUUUUCCUCCGAUGAUGACUUUGUCGUUGAGAGGAAGAAAAAACCUACCUCUAAAGGUGCCUUUAAGACCCCUAAGUCGUCAUCCUUCCAGACCCCAGUCAGAAGACCCCUGUCCCAGUGUGACACUCCAGUUUUCCUCAGCGACAGUGAAGAAGAUGAUGGUAUUGUGAUGAAGAGCACGUGGAGGACAUGCCACCCUGUGCACCGGCCGCCGCCGCCGCCACAGACCCACAAAGUCAACGUCCUACAAAGUAACCAGAAGGACAAAAUCUUCUUUCCCUCUCCCAGCCCUCCUCCUCUGCCUUCCCUCUCUCCCUCCCCUCCUCCUUUGCCUUUCCUCUCUCCCAGCUCUCCUCCUCUCCGCUCCUCCUUCACCCCCUCCAAGACCCCCCUUCCACAGCGGAACUACUCAGCCCCGUCGAAGGUGGAGGACUCAGCCAGCUCAGAGGAAGAGUUCCUCAGCUUACUGGACAGAAUUAAGAAGAACCACAAGACCGGCAACACCCCAACACCUAAACACAAUACGGGUAACACCCCAACACCUAAACACAAUACGGCUAACACCCCAACACCUAAACACAAUACGGCUAACACCCCAACACCUAAACACAAUACGGCUAACACCCCAACACCUAAACACAAUACGGCUAACACCCCAACACCUAAACACAAUACGGCUAACACCCCAACACCUAAACACAAUACGGGGCCCAAUCAGAAGCCCCCCCUGUCAGCUCCACGGCAAAAAGCCUCGAAAGAGGUGUGCCCUCGGCCGUUAGUGAGAACGCCCUUGGAUCUGAAGACCCCGGUGCGGCCGCCCGUCACUAAACCCACUGUGUCCCAGCCGGAAUCCAGACUCAAGACCAGCAGCCUUUCUUCCUCCAGUGUGUCAGCAGCAGGGUGUCAGACUCCGGGAUGUUUCCUCCAGUCUCUGUCUGGACCAGGCUCCAUCUACAGCCGCAACUUCAAACAGACCAAGGAGGAGCUCACCACCAAACUUUACCACCUGUACAACACCAGCGUGUUCAACAACAAGCUGCCCAGUAACAUGUCAGUGAGCUGGAAUAACAAGAUGAGAAAGACUGCUGGCUACUGCAUCACAGGGCAGGAGAGAGGAGGAGGGAACCGGUACGCCCGUAUCCAGCUCUCUGAGAAAGUCUGUGACUCUGCAGACCGUCUGCGUGACACGUUAGUCCAUGAGAUGUGCCACGCUGCCACCUGGUUGAUCAACAGUGUGAGGGAUGGGCACGGUCCCUUCUGGAAGCUCUACGCCCGCAAGGCCACGCUGGCACACCCCGAGCUGCCCGUGGUCACCCGCUGCCACAGCUACGACAUUAACUACAAGUACCAGUACCAGUGCAGCCGCUGCAAAAACACACUCGGUCGUCACUCUAAGUCUCUGGACACCCAGAGGUUUGUGUGUGCCGUCUGUACGGGUCCGCUGGUCCUGCUCACCCCCGCCAAGCCCCGGGCGCCCACGCCCUUCGCCAACUUUGUCAAGGAGAACUAUGGCAGUGUUCGCCAAAACCUGGUGGGUCAGAGCCACGGUGAGGUAAUGAGGAAACUCAGUGUUGACUUCGCCACCAAGGCCAAACUCAGCCAGAACUGAGAGGGAGAGAGAGCGUGGGAAAGAGAUGAGGUGGAAUCAUUCUAACCUGGAUUCGACCUACAUUACUCUCGUCUCCUGGACUAUAAAGCACUCUUGAUAACUCUUGAUAAAGCACUCUUGUUCAGUAGUAUCUGUAAAAUCCUCUCUGAACAUGCCUUCUAUUCAUUCCUUGAAGGUUUACACUGCUCUGAGUUGAAGCAAUGGUGGGAUCCUUCUCUUUCAUCCAUCCUAAUGUCUUAGAUUAGUGGGAUCCUUCUCUUUCAUCCAUCCUAAUGUCUUAGAUUAGUGGGAUCCUUCUCUUUCAUCCAUCCUAAUGUCUUAGAUUAGUGGGAUCCUUCUCUUUCAUCCAUCCUAAUGUCUUAGAUUAGUGGGAUCCUUCUCUUUCAUCCAUCCUAAUGUCUUAGAUUAGUGGGAUCUUCAAGUUGAUAGGUCUGUCUUAAAUACCUCUGUGUAUGUAUCAGGUUUUCAGAGGCAGCUAGGGUGAGUCUGUCAUUCCUUACCUCUGUAGCUGGAGUCUCACCGUUACAGUGAAAUGAGCCAAGAGACACACUGAACAGUGACUAAAGGCAACGUGAAUCAGUCAUAUUGUUGUCUAGCCUGCCUGUGACAUGGAUUCAUACCCUUCAAGUAUCAUUUUGUGACCAACUGCUUUGAAUUAUUUGAAAUAUGAAUCAGAAAAUAGUUCCAUGAAGUUUCAUACGGUGCAUAAAAGGCAGAUCUGGCAACUUCACAUACAAUGUAUGUUACAUUUUGAA